UUUUGUGCCGAGCUGGCAGGCACAUCGCCGUCCUUCCAAUCCAAAGCCCAAAGCCGCGAGAGGCAAGGGCGCAACAAAACCCUAGCCGCCUUCCCCCGUCCUUUCUUAAACCCCAAGCCGCGCCGCAUUCACUCGCCCCCCCGUUCCGCCGCCUCUCUCUCUCUCCUACCGCAUAUCCCCCCUCAGGUUUAGUGUUAAAAAAUGGCGGCCUUCAACAAGCUUGGCAGCCUUCUAAGGCACAGUGCUCUGGCGAGCGGUGUCGCUGCUAGCUCGUCUCCUGCUGUGUUCAAUGCUGCUCGGCUCAUGUCCACCAAGCUAUUCGUUGGUGGUCUUUCAUGGGGUGUUGAUGACAUGAAACUGAGAGAGGCGUUUAGUGGCUUUGGAGAUGUUACUGAAGCGCGAGUGAUCACGGACAGGGACACUGGGAAGUCAAGAGGAUUUGGCUUUGUUAACUACACCAGCAGUGAUGCUGCCAAUGCAGCUAUAUCUGGAAUGGAUGGCAAGGAAAUUGAUGGGCGGCCGGUACGUGUCAACAUUGCUAACGACAGACCUGCAGGGAACCGCGGUGGAGGUGGCUAUGGCGGUGGUGGUUUCGGAGGUGGUGGCUAUGGUGGUGGCAACCAAAGCUAUGGUGGUGGCUAUUAAGCUCAUUAACAGUCAAGAUAUUUGAAAUAAUGAACUUUAGGACCUGGCAUGGGGCUUAUGUGAAGCCUUUCAUAUUUUGAUAUUUGUGUUAUGUUGAACUGUUGGAACUCCUAGAUUCAUAGACUGUGCCGCAGAGUAUUACCUAUUGGUUUUGGUUGCUUCGUUAAGUGCAAAUGCAAGUCGCAUGUAUUUCUGUUGAGUGGAUACAUAAUUUGCACACAUUACCUUAGCUGCCUGUACUUUGCAAUGUGUACAUGAGUAUUACAUUAAGUAUUUGCGGUUUGGAAUU